AAGCUGGGAAGAGCUGGUGCCCUCGCAGGCUGCAGGCUGGUGGGCAGCAGGCUGGAGCCCGGCUGGGUCUGGGCACUGUUCAGCAGGCAGGAAUGCGUUCCCCUGGGGUCCCUGCUGUCACUCAUCUCAAACAUCUCUCUUGGAGAACUUGCAGAUGGAAAGAGAAUUCAAAGCCCUCUCAGCCAAUCCAAUACUCACAGAUCUGAUUUGCAUCCUGAUUCAAACUGUUAGAAACCCCAAAUCACUGACAGCAAAACCGUUUAUCCCAUUUAAUGAGAUGAUUGGAAAGGCCCCCUGGGGGUUGCUGGGAUGGAUCACUCUCGAACAGGCUGUGCUAAGGCUGAGCACUUCCACGUGGUCACACCUCUGCUGGAGAGCUGGGCGCUUUCCCAGGUGGCAGGUGUGACUGUCUUCCUCAAGUGCGAGAAUGUGCAGCCAGCCGGCUCCUUCAAGAUCCGGGGCAUUGGGCAUUUCUGCCAGGAGGUGGCCAAGAAGGGAUGCAGACACCUGGUGUGUUCCUCAGGGGGCAACGCAGGCAUUGCAGCUGCUUAUGCUGCUCGGAAGCUGGGCAUCCCUGCCACCAUUGUGCUCCCUGAGGGCACCUCCCCGCAGGUGGUGAAGAGGCUGCAGGGGGAGGGGGCAGAGGUUCAGCUGACUGGAAAGGUUUGGGAUGAGGCCAGUCUGAAGGCACAAGAGUUGGCCAAGAGGGAUGGUUGGGUGAAUGUCCAUCCAUUUGACCACCGUCUGAUCUGGGAAGGCCAUGCCAGCUUGGUGCAAGAGCUGAAGGCAGCACUGGGGACUCCACCAGGGGCCCUGGUGCUGGCAGUAGGGGGUGGAGGGCUCCUGGCUGGGGUGUCAGCUGGCCUGGCAGAGGUGGGCUGGCAGCACGUGCCCAUCAUUGCUGUGGAGACCCGAGGGGCACACUGUUUCAAUGCAGCCAUCAAGGCGGGCAGGCUAGUCACGCUGCCAGAAAUCACCAGUGUGGCCAAGAGCUUGGGUGCCAAGACCGUGGCAGCAAGGGCCCUGGAAUGCACGCAGGAGCUGGAGAUCAUCUCUGAGGUGGUGGAGGAUGUCCAGGCUGUGAGCGCUGUGCAGCGGUUCCUGGAUGACGAGCGCAUACUGGUGGAGCCUGCCUGCGGGGCAGCUUUGGCUGUCAUCUACUCAGGCCUCCUGGGGAGGCUCCAGGCUGAGGGCCGCUUGCACUCCCCGCUGGCCUCGGUUGUGGUCAUUGUGUGUGGAGGCAAUAGCAUCGAUAGCGGAGGGUUACAGGCUCUGAAGGCCCAGAUGAGUCAGAGCUGAGGCCUCCUCACUUGGGGUGGACACCCCUGUAGCUGGUGAGGGCAGCCUGUGUUCCUGGAUGGCAGUGGAAGCUGCUCUGUGCUUCUGUGCCAGCUGCCUCCUGCAGGAAGCCCUCCUGAAAUGCUCCCUUUGGCUCCCCUACAGCCCUGGCCAAUAAACACUCUGAGUUGAAUUUGUAA